AUGGCUGCAAGACAGCAAAGACAACGUCGUGUUUUUAAGCGGAGAUUAGAUCCCUUUACGGAAUACAAUGCUGUGGGACUUAUCACACGCUACCGUUUUGAUAGACAAGGAAUUGAACAUAUCGGGACGCUGAUUGACGAUUUCGUUUCACCAGCAACAAGUCGAAAUUGUAGCAUACCAACUAAUUUACAAGUCAUGAUAGCUCUUCGCUAUUUCGCAACAGGAAAAAUGCAGUUAUGUAACGGGGAUGACUUCGGAAUUCACCAAUCCACUGUGUCUAGAAUUGUUCAAAGGGUCUCUACAGCCUUAACUCGACCACAUAUCAUUCAAAGAUAUAUAAAAUUUCCUACCGACGCUCAGACAAUUCACAGGCACCAGACAGACUUUCACGCAAUCGCCAAUUUUCCGGGAGUGCUUGGCGCUAUCGACGGGACCCAUGUUAGGAUAUUGCGUCCUACAGUUAAUGAAGAGGAAUUUGUUAACAGAAAAAACUUCCACAGUGUUAAUGUGCAACUUGUCGUGGACGCACAUUGUCAUAUACUGGACAUAGUCGCCAAGUGGCCAGGGUCAACACAUGACGCAAGAAUUUUGCGAGAAAGUGGCAUUAGCCAAUUAUUUCAAACACCCGGACUAAUUCCUGUUAAAUGUCACCUUCUCGGUGAUAGUGGCUAUCCGUGCAAAAACUGGAUCCUGACUCCCUUCCUUAACCCUGCAACCCAACAGGAAAGAAGAUACAAUGGAUCACACAAGGUGACGAGGUGCAUUGUUGAGAGAACCAUAGGACAAUGGAAAAGACGUUUUCAUGUAUUACAUUCUGAGAUAAGGUUGUGUCCAGAGAGGGCUUGCAAGAUUAUUAUGGCCUGCGCAGUACUUCAUAAUUUAGCAAAAUUGCUCAACACGCCAAUCAUUGACGAGGAUGGAGAAAGUGACGAGGAUUCUGAUGAGGGCAGUGAUGACGAUGAUGCUGAUAACAACAACUGUGUCCCCGACAAUCUGGAUGGCAGAGCAUACAGAAAUCACAUUACAAUGAAUCAUUUCUAG